AUGUAUGACAAAAGAAAUUUUGGUGAUAAGAAUAAGAAAAAACAGACGGUUACCUUAGCAAUACGUUUAUUGGCCAUGCGUAUAUAUCAUCUACGUUAUCGUCGAAAAUAUCUCAUUAUAUUAAUGUUAUUUUGUGCUUUAACAUUAUUUUAUUUUCUUAUAAAACAAAUGUUACCCGAACAGUAUGAACCAACAUUAAUACUUGAUCAUGAACGACAUUUAUUCAUUCGUUUAUAUAAAGAAAAUGAUUUACAAAGAAAAAAUAUUCGACCAUUUCGAAUCUUAAGUGGUUCAUUACAUUAUUUUCGUGUUUUACCACAAUUAUGGUCAGAUCGUAUUCAAGAAAUGAAACGUGCUGGUUUAAAUACUAUUGAAACAUACAUUCCAUGGAAUUUACAUGAACCGGAAAAAGGAAAUUAUAAAUUUACUGAAGGUUUAACUGAUUUAACUAGUUUUCUAAAAUUAGUUCAUCAACAUGAAAUGUUUACAAUCAUUCGUCCAUCAGGUUAUAUUUGUGCUGAAUAUGAAUGGGGUGGUUUACCAAGUUGGUUAUUACAAGAUAAUAAAAUGCGUGUUCGUACGACACAUUCAGAUUUUCUUGAAGCACUUAAAAAUUAUUAUUCAGUAUUAUUACCUAUAUUAUCUGAACAUCAAUAUAAUCGACAUGGACAAGGUUCAAUAAUUGCAUUUCAAAUUGAAAAUGAAUACGGAAGUUAUGGUGACGAUAAAGAUUAUCUUCAAGCUAUACAUUCAAUGUAUACUGAAUAUGAUCUUGAUGAAUUAUUUUUCACAUCGGAUGGUCCAGGAGAUCUUUCAAAAGGUUCAUUAGAUAAUGUUUGGGCUACGGUUAAUUUUCAAAGAAAUGUGAAAGAAAAUAUUGAAAAAUUAAUUCAAUUUCGUUCAUAUCAUCAUCUUAUGAUAACAGAAUAUUGGACAGGAUGGUUUGAUUAUUGGGGUGGAAAGCAUAAGACUGGUGCUAACGGUGCAUAUUCAGCAAAUGAAUUAAAAAAAGAUCUUGAAGAAAUUUUAUUGAAUUCAAAAUAUGAAAUAUCUAUUAAUUUUUAUAUGUUUUUUGGUGGUACAAAUUUUGGUUUUACAUCUGGUGGACAUCAUUUUCCAUCAGGAAAAUAUUCUCCACUUGUUACAUCAUAUGAUUAUGAUGCACCAUUAAAUGAAUCUGGUGAUCGAACAGAAAAAUAUUUCGUCAUACGAGAUGUCAUAAAAAAAUUCUAUGAACAAUAUCCACAAUUAAUUAUCUACAAUCACAGACGUCCAAUUGACGAUAAAUUUGAAUUAAUUGAAACAAAACCAUCAAAAAAAAUUUCUUAUGGAAAAAUAAAAAUUUUUGGUUAUAAAACAUUUGAACAAAUACUUAAUGAUGAUAUUUUAACGAGUAAAUAUUCCGUUAAUGAUGGCCCAUUAAAUAUGGAACAAAUUCAAACACAUAAUCAAUCAUGUGGUGCAUCACAAGGUUUUAUUGUUUAUACAAAUAAUAAUAUUGAGGAUUUCUUAAAAUCAAAUAAAGAACAUCAUAUAACAAUAAAAGCAAUUGCUGAUAAUGCUUUUAUACUUGCUAAUGGUAAAUUAAUCUAUAAAUCAUUACAUACAGACAAUUCCAUUCGAUUUCAUUUACCAUCCAAUACAAAAAAUUUAACAAUUAUUGUAGAAAAUAUGGGACGUAUUAAUUUUGGUCCUACACUUGAUAAUAGUCGAAAAGGUAUUCUCGAUACAGUAUUAUUAGAUGGUACUAUUGAAUUAAAAACAUGGAUUGUACAUGUAUUAGAAUUUCAUAAAGGUAUGUCAAGUAUUACCGAUUGGAAUAAAUUAACCAUUGAUGAUAAAGAUGCUGAGAAGAUCAAUGAUCUUAAUAAUGGUCCACAAUUAUUUUAUGCACCAUUUCAUAUUGAAAAUGAAAAAUCUAUUGAAGAUACAUAUUUAUCAUUAGAUUCACAAUGGACGAAAGGUGUUGCAUUUGUAAAUGGUUUCAAUUUAGGAAGAUAUUGGAGUAUUGGACCACAACGUACAUUAUAUAUUCCAAAAGAAUUAUUAUUUAAAGGAUUUAAUCAUAUACAAUUAUUUGAAUUAUAUACAUAUGGAAAAUAUAUUCAACUCAUCGAUACACCUGUGAUCGAUGCGUGA